AGCCCUUUUUAAGAGAAAAGCCAGGACCGUGGAACAGCGACCCCUGAGCAGUGCUGUCCGUGCGAGCAGUGGGGAUCCCGGAGCUGCUGUUAAGGCAUCAUGAGUGAGCGACAAGGAGCUGGGGCAACCAAUGGAAAAGACAAGACGCCUGGCGAAAAUGAUGGGCAGAAGAAAGUUCAGGAGGAAUUCGACAUCGACAUGGACGCGCCAGAGACAGAACGCGCGGCAGUGGCCAUUCAGUCUCAGUUCAGAAAAUUUCAGAAGAAAAAGGCUGGCACCCAGUCCUAGGGGGAGAGCGCCUUCCUAGUCUGCCAGAAGACACCAAAUUCACCCAUCAUCUGUCAAGAAAUUAAAAGAACCAACCCCCUAGAGAAAAAGCACCUGCACCUGGUACCCAUGCACCCAGCAUCCCACAAUGCAUGUAGAGACCCGCGAUAUUUAUACCCUCGUAGGAAGGUGUAGACAGUGCCGUUGUGAGUGGCUUAAGCUCUGUUUAUCUCCAGUAUCAUUCCUCCUGCAACUAAUUAUUUUCCUUGAUGUUAUAAUAAAAUGGAGUUAAGAUGUGUGA